CGCAUUCGAUCACAAAGAGAGGACUGCACCAGUCAGGCCCAACCUAACUCCAAAGCGGGCUUCACAUCGAAACACAAGAAGCCCAAAAAGCACCAUCCUUUCAAUCCAAAUUUCCCCGCCAAAACCACACACUCUCUCUCUCUCUCUCUCUCUCUCUCUCUCUCUCUCUCUCUCUCUCUGUGCUUGGGCGUUGGUUGAUGCCAUGGAGAGAGGUCUGAUCUCGGUGGAUCGGUGGGCGGAAGGGAGCCAAGCCUACUUCCUGACCCACCUCCACGCCGACCACACCCGGGGUCUCACCCCGGACUGGUCCGGGGGCCCCCUCUUCUGCUCCCGCCUCUCCGCCAAGCUCCUUCCCUCCAAAUUCCCCGGCUUCGACAUCUCCCUCCUCCGCGUCCUCGACGUCGGCGCCUGGCACUCCCUCUCCCUCCUCUCCCCUUCCUCCGCCUCCGACACCCUCGUCCGCGUCAUGCCCCUCGACGCCCACCACUGCCCCGGUGCCGUCAUGUACUUGUUUAGCGGCGACUUUGGGAGCUUGCUUUACACCGGACAUUUCCGCUGGGAGACGACGAGCGAGAAGGCGAACAGGUCGCGGGACAUGCUCGUUAAGGCCCUUAAUGGAAGCAGAGUGAACGCACUGUAUCUGGAUAAUACCUAUUGCAAUCCUUCCUAUUCUUUUCCUUCUCGUAGAGAUGCUGCUCAGCAGGUUGUUGAUAUCAUUGCUUCUCAUCCUAAGCACCAUGUCAUCAUUGGGAUCGACACAUUGGGCAAAGAAGAUCUUCUGGUUCACAUUGCCCGGGUGCUCAAAAUAAAGAUUUGGGUGUGGCCAGAACGGUUGCAAACGAUGCAUAUGCUUGGUUUUGAUGAAAUAUUCACAACUAAAACUUCUCUCACCAGAGUUCGAGCUGUUCCUCGCUAUAGCUUUACCUUGGAUACUUUAAAGGGAUUAAAUAAGAUGCAUCCGACCAUAGGAAUCAUGCCUUCUGGUCUUCCGUGGGCCUCAAAGCCACUCGAUAGAAAUGAGAAUUUCUUUGAUUCCCUAGCAAGGUCAUACUACAAUAACAAAGCACAGGAGGUUGCUUCCAUGGAAGAAAGGUUGCAUCCAGAAAUUUAUACCGUUCCAUAUUCCGAUCACUCUUGUUAUAUGGAGCUUCAUGAAUUUGUACAACUUGUCCAACCUAUUAACAUGAGGGGCAUUGUUUCAUCAUCAUCCUGCUACAUUGAUCCCUCGUAUUAUUUUGGCCACUGCGACGGAGUGUACCAAACAUUCCAGAGAGUACAGCAUAAAGGCAAAGAAAGUGGGAAGGAACAUGUAAGGGUUGUUCGGGCAGAAGCCUCAGUCGAAGUCAAUGAUUUGAUAGAUUCUACAAGAAAAGGACGAAAAUGUGGUACUGUUGGAGUUUCUGGUGUUUAUAUGAGUAGAGUGAGUGCAUCGAGACGAAGACGGCGUGGUGCAAAAAUUAUGGAGGAUAUCCAUGCUGAUUGAUCUUUCAGCACUUUCUGUGAGCAUGCUUAUUUAGUGGUUCCUGCUUCAGCAAGUUGGACUCGAAAAUUCACUUGUGAAGUUACAUAUCCAUAUCUAAGUUGUAGUCAAAAGCGAUCCUUCCAGCUUGGAUCAUUCUCAGUGCCAUUAAGAUUGAAAUGGCUCAGCAUUGCUGAUCAAAUGGCGUAAAUAUUGCGACCCUUAAAUGUUCAUUCACAUUCAUGGAAGAGAUCAUUCACCUUGUCCGAA